UGCAGCAAUGCAUUUGGAAAUCUGGACAGCCCUUAUGGUUUUCCUUUUGAUAAGAGGAGCAGAGUCUGUGUGUACAACGCGGCGAUGUCUGGCACAAAUGCUGAUCCAAAAAAAUCUAAAGUCUCAGCCUCAGUAUGAAAAUUGCUCUACAAUCAUUGAAGUACUUCACCUAGAAUAUCAAACUUUGGCAGUAGAUACAAAGAAUCUUCACCUUGAUAGCCGUCUGCAAGCAACAUUACAAUGGAUAGAUCCUGAGAUGUCUUGGAACACCUCUUUAUACCCGUAUGAGGAGGUGUCUGUGCCAGUAGAAAGUGUGUGGACACCUGAGAUUCAUGUCACUAAUGCAAUAACAAUUACUACACAGCCCAGCUCUAAAGACCUGGUGGCGUUAAGUAAUGGCACAUUGAAACAUGAUAUCAUCCUGAACGCCAAGGUCAACUGUGAAAUCAACCUCUUCAACUAUCCUUUUGCUGCUGAUGCUUGUCCAGUGGCUAUCCAUAUCUGGUAUAGUAAAAAUUGUGGUGGAGAAAUGAGACUUGAUAAAGUCAAGAUGACAGAUGGGGCUCACGGAGACUGGGAAACAGUAGACAUUGACUUCUAUCAGAAAGGAGAAAACAAAAAUUAUAUCUUAGUGGGGCUGAAAAUUCGACAGAGUAACCCCUUCAUCACUCUGAUGCUGCCCAGUAUCCUGAUUAUAUUGACUGAUGUAGUGAGCGCUGCAUUGCCACUAAGGGGCGGUGAACGCAACUCCUUCAAAGUCACCUUGGUGCUCAGCUUCACCAUGUUCCUGGUCAUCCUAAAUGACGUGCUUCCUGGGGACAGUCAAUGCAGCCCAGUUAUCAGGAUCCACUUCUGCGUUUGUCUCGUCACCUUGGUGUUCAGUAUGCUUGUGUCUAUGAUUCUCACACGAGUGGCCAAAGAAGGGGGAAUCAUUUUCUGCUGGUAUUCAAAAUGGCUAACCCCAAAAGAGAAUGCAGCCAAGGAUGAAGAGUCCAGACCUGACAUCAGCAUUGUCCAGACUGAACCUACAGAAGAACAUAUUCAGCUGCUCAGGAAAGUGGUCAGUUUUCUACAAGAGCUUGAUGCAAAAGAAAAACAAAGUGACAAAUAUGAGCGACUUGCAGAUGUCCUUGAUAAAUCUUUUUUCUGGAUUUACUUAGUUUUCAGCAUAGCUUACUUUAGUGGGAUGUUGUAUGUCAUGGUCAAUCUUGUUUGUAUUAUUGACCAUUUUGACUUCUGGGAUUAAAGGAGCUGUAACUUUUAAUUGCAUCUAUGUGUAUGUGUCUCAGCAUAUUUUGCCCAUUAGAUCAAGGAAGUGAGAAAAGUACAACUUCUUAUAUUUAUUUAUUUAUUUUGCUAUUGCAUCUUGCAUCAUAACACUAUGGUGUAUUUAUGUGAACAUCCAUAUCUAUCCAGUUCACUCAUUUCACGAGUUUGUUUGGGUUUUUUUGGGUUUUUUUUGUUAUAGGAUAUCCAUGCUGUAACUAGAUUAUAAUUUGUAUUUUAUUAAAAGUGUAAAAUAAACAGUUAUCUGUUGCGUGUAAAAUGUUCAUAUUUGAGGUGAAGCUGGGAAAUAAAACACAUUUGCGUCUUGU